AGUCCGUGUGGUCCUAAAGUUUAGUUUAGUUAGGAUUCCUUCAGUUGUACAUCGUCAUCGUGAUGAUUAUCGCUAUCUCGUCGUCGUCAUCAUUACUGUGUUGUUUUCUCGUAUUCGACGUGUCGCAUUUUUCUCUUUCACGUGUUAUCGUGUUACGUAUUUAUUUUAUUAUCGUCCCCUAAGCUCAGCAAGAUGUUUAAGAUUGCAUUUCUGGUGGUAGCAGUUUAGGAUUUCAUUUCUUGUUAUGGCAGUUUAAGAUUACAUCGCCUUUAUAACGUUGAAGUUUGAAUUCAUUCAAUAGUCUUCUUUUAUACUGUAUUUCGAAUCGUUCGAUAUAACAUUAUGAUAUUUGCAUGUCUACAGCUCGUAUGGUAUUGCAUUUAUAGUUACUGUUUUACCUUGGUUGUAUAUCUGUCGUUUUGGGACUAUGCUGUUAUAUGGAGUUGUUUUGUUCAACCGUUUUGAAUACUUUCAAUAAAACGAGUCUGGCAAAUCGACUUAUCAUUUCCGGGUCCCAAAAGUGACAAAGUUGAACAAACCUCCUUGCGACGACGAUGAACGAAGCAGAUGAAUCAGUUACACAAGAUUUGAAUAGACGAGAAGCUUCUUCUUCGCCUGCAGUUCCUCUCGCGGAAACAGACGACGGUAACUCUGAAACUAUUGGACGCAAUGUAUUAUGCCACGAAAGAGUCCGACUACAAAAUGAACUAAAUGGUUUGUGCGACAGAAUUUCAAAAUCGAUUACUGAAAAUGCUCAAAAUUCUAUCGUUACUGAUCUUAAAAUUAAACUUCAUGUUAAACGAAUUGCUUAUGACCAAGUGAUGGAUAAACUCAUUCCGACUACCCGUAAUCCAAAUGUUUUGAAGAAAUAUGAAACUGGAAGGCAAAUGAUGUUAUCGAAAAUCGAUCAAAUUGAAAGCAGAAUUAAUUCUUACCUUGACGAGGAGAUCGUUUCUGAUCACGGGUCUGUCGAAUCCAAUACAAGCAAAUGCAGUGUUGAAUCACUGAAGCGAUUGCAACUUGAGCAAGAACGAGAGGUAGAAAGAGCCGAUUCUCUUGUACGUAUGGCUAAACGAGACUUUCUCACAGAAGAAGAUACCAUUCGCAAUAAAAUAUCAGCACUAGAGCGUCGCCUUGAUACCAAACGUCGAGACAUAAACGAAAAAGAACGAAUGGCAGAUCUAACACGUCGCCAAGCUGACGAACUUAUGCGUGAAAUUGAACAAGAAAAGACUGAAUUGGCUACCAAAAAGAUGCCUAAAGAUAACUUCCGUGGCGUCAAUAUUGAAUAUCCGUUAGAGUCAACACGCAGACGAAGUGCAGCGAACUUUUUUGUUCCGAAGAAGAGUCAAGUGGCAACAAAUUCAGAAAAGACCAAAGAAUUGCACUUCCCGACAGCACGAACUUACAAACGCCCGUCUCCUGCAAACAGAAUGCUCAUACCACAAGAAGCAGUCGACGCGUGGAUUGACCACUUGGAACCUAACCAGUCUGGUAAAUUUUCUGUUAAUUCUUUUAAUAUGUCAGUAGAGGAACAAACUAUGUUAUCAUUACAGUUGAAUUCUAGAAUAUUGUCCCAGCACCAUUUAUCGCCGAUUACGAUUCCUAGUUUUAGCGGAACGCCCCUAGAAUGGCCAAACUUUAUUGAGUUAUUUUUUGAUAAUGUACACAGUUCUCUUGACGACGACGGUUCGCGUAUGGUUCGCUUAGUCGCGUCUUUGACGGGGGUGGCUAAACGACAUGUCGAUGGCUUAGGCACGGUGGGAAGUAAUUAUAUUGUCGCGUUGAGUGAAUUGAAACAUAUAUUCGGCCAACGGGUGACGAUUGCUCGGGCCUUUCUCGAGAAGGUUGUAGAUGGUAGACGAGUAACAGAAUUCAGUAUCCGAAAAAUAUCCGAUUUUCAUUCUGAAGUUCGCGACAUUGUGAUAAAUUUGAAGAAAGUGCGAUUGCUUGCAGAUUUGUAUAGUAUUGAAAAUGUUAGAAAGACAGCAAUGCGAAUUCCGGCAGAACUGACCUCGAGUUGGAAUAAGUUUGUGACUGAUAUGAUUCGUGCCGACGAAAUGCCGAGUUUACUGGACUUCGAGCAGUGGUUGUGGGAACGAUGCGAGGAAUUAGGAAAUCCUUUUUCACCAAAUCUUUUCAGUACUAAAAUAGAUCGUGACGAUCGCAGACAGGCAUUUCCUAAGAAGAAUGUGGUAUACCCUUUAUCGGGUCAUUCAAAUCAGCCGCUCGAACAACCGCGAAUGCAAUGUUUCUAUUGCAAUGGUUUUCAUUCUUUAAGUAACUGCGAUAGCUUCAGGUUCAGUGCCAAUGACACCAAAAGAAGAUUUCUACUAAAUUCACGCCUGUGCUUUAACUGUCUCGAACCUGGACAUUUAGCUAUUUCGUGCCGGUUCCGCAAUAUGUGUCGUGUUUGUCCCGGUAAGCAUCAUUCAGCCAUCCAUGGUUUGAGAGUCGUUUCUAAUAGAUUGAGUGAUAACAAUCAGCCUGAUCUCCCUCCUCAUAUGAGCGGCGUUGCCAAUUCUCAUGUUUCAGGCGUUAAUGGUGUUCAGUUUCAGCUUUUGCCAGUCGUAGUAAAAGGCCCAUUGGGAUCCUCUGAAUAUGCUAUCGCUGUUCUAGAUUCUGCCAGUCAAAUCUCAAUAAUACAUCCCAAAUUAAAACAAAAACUUGGUUUGAAAGGAAGUCCUAGGUGUCUAACCAUUAACACCUUAUGCAAUAAGGGCGUUUCGCAAAAUACGGAGGUGGUGAAAUUGUCGGUGCGAUCUGCUCACGACGAGAGUGGUCAAAUUCUGAUGUUAAGCAACGUGUUUGUGGUCGAGUCACGCAUACCACAUCCAGCUAGAAUCCUUAAGAACGAUCACAAUAUGACUCACCUGCAGGAUAUUCCGUUAACCGACAUUGAAGCGAACAAAGCCAUGAUUUUAAUCGGAGCCGAUAAUCCCUUGGCGCAUUUCCAGCUUGAACGUAGAGUCGGCCAGCAACAUGAACCAGUGGGUAUUAAAACUCCUCUCGGUUGGACUUUGAUCGGGUCUUCAGGCGCGACUAAUGAAGAUGAAACUGUUUCAAAUAUGCUGUGUUGUGAUUUGCGUGACCAGUAUAACAUGCUGCAAGAACAAGUUGAGCGAUUUUGGUCCACUGAAGCUGUAGGCACGGCGUACAAUUUGACCCGUAGCGAGUCGAUUGAAGAUAGACAAACUGAUAAUUUGAUGGAAAGAAAAAUUAGAUUUAUCGACGGUCAUUACGAGGUUGGGUUUAUGUGGAGAAAUGAAAAUUGCGAAAUGCCGCAAAACGAACACGUAGCGCUUAACAGGUUCGAAAAUCUCAGAAAACGACUCCAAGGAAACGAACGUUUGCGAAACUUAUAUUGUAAAGAAAUGGCGAAGAAUAUUGAAAGGGGUUGGGUGCGUAAACUAACUUCAGAUGAAAAGGCGUUUCGCGGUCCUCGAACUUGGUUUCUGCCUCAUCAUGGCGUUGAAAAUUCCAACAAGCCAAAUAAACUAAGAAUUGUUUUUGACGCGGCAUCUACUUGCUGCGGCGUCAGUCUGAACAGUCGAUUGAUGUCCGGGCGCGAUUUGAUCAAUAAUCUAGUCGGGGUGCUUUUACGUUUUCGGGAAAGACCAAUCGCUAUAAGCGCCGAUAUAGAAGCCAUGUUUCAUAUGAUUCGAUUGCCGGAAGAUGAUACGGAUUCUGCACGUUUUCUCUGGUCGGAAGACCUUUUUUCAACCAAACGGCCAGAUGUGUAUAAAUUCUUAGUUCGUAUUUUUGGAGCUGUGGAUUCACCUUAUGUCGCAAACUUUUGUUUGAAGAGAGCUGCGUACGAUAGUAGAAACAAGUUUCCUAGAGACGUGAUAUUAACUACCGAUAGAGACUUUUAUGUCGAUGAUUCACUUACUUCGAAAUGGAAUGUUGAUUCCGCGGUAUCGACAGCUAAAGAUAUGAUUAAGAUGUUACACGAUAAAGGAUUCAUCUUGACCAAGUGGGUUUCGAAUUCUAAAUCGGUUUUACGUGAAAUAUCCAGUGGACGUGUCGUCACUAAUGUUGACUUAGAUCUGGACAGAUUACCUGUUAGAAAAGCUCUGGGCUUGCAUUGGGACAUCGAGAAGGAUUGCUUUAUAUUCGACCACCAGAAAUUUACUGAAUUUACCACGAAAAGAAAGGCCCUUAGUGUAACCAGUUCAAUAUUCGAUCCAUUAGGAUUUGUAGCACCAAUCAUUUUGUAUGCCAAAUUAUUACUGCGCGAAUGUUGGCGUGACAACUUAGCUUGGGACGAAGUAUUUGAUAAUAAGAGAUUGAAGUGUUGGGAAAAUUGGAUAAAUUCGCUGAAAUGUUUAAAGAGUUUUUCGAUUCCACGUCAAUUUAAAGGUGUUAAAUGUGAAAGUUCCUCGUAUGAAAUUCAUAUAUUCUGUGAUGCAUCAGAAGUGGCAUAUGGCGCGGUAGCAUACAUAAUAUCGAAGCAUUCCCGGGAGAAUUUUCAGUGUAGUCUUAUCGCGGCUAAAGCAAGAGUCGCACCUAUGAAAGGUAUGACCGUGCCUCGUUUAGAAUUGCAAGGUGCUCUCUUGGCCGUGCGAUUGUUAAAUUUUCUCCGAAAAGAACUAUCCCUUCCACUAGGCGACGUACAUAUGUGGUCCGACUCGACUUGUGUAUUGAGAUAUUUGAAAAAUAAAACUCGAAGAUUUAAAACAUUUGUAGCCAAUCGCGUUCGCGAAAUACUCGAUCACACUCGGCCACACCAAUGGAAGUACGUCGACUCCGCACAGAAUCCCGCUGAUUACUGCACUAGGGGAAUGACGGUUUCCAAAUUUCUAGAAAAUUCUGAUCGAUGGCUACAUGGACCAGAGUUUUUGCUCAUGCCCGAAAGUGAUUGGCCAAGCCAGAUAGCGUUACGUGCAGUUGACGACCACGACCAAGAGAUUAAAUAUCAAACAUGCAUACUAGCAGAUUGUUUUAUAACUACGGAUAACAGCGAUGGAGUACUUGAUUCGGAAAUCGAAAAGGUCGUCGAUGUCGAACGUUUUGAUUCGUGGUUUUCCUUAUGCAAACGAACUGCCGUGGUUUUGUUGGCAGCUCGGUAUUUUAAGAAUCUUUCUGUGAAAUGUCCGACGUAUAGCCCGCUGCCAGCUCAACUUGUGACUCCUAAACAGUUGGAACUCGCGGGCCGGUAUUGGAUAGUUUCUGCUCAAAACAAGCAUUUCCGCGUGGAGCGCAAAUGCAUAACUAACCGAGAAGAUUUAUCAUCAAAAUCAACGUUACUUAAUCUGACGCCAUUUUUCGAUGGACAAGUGAUCCGCGUCGGGGGCCGUCUUGAAAAUGCCAAUAUCCCACUGCGUUCGAAACAUCCUAUUAUACUGCCGUAUUCAAGUUUGAAAUGUGAUUCGAACUGCCCAUGUCGAAUUUCAUGGUUGAUAAUGAAAGCUGCUCAUAUUCGACUCGCACAUGCCGGUCCAGAGGCCACGCUUAGCGCAUUAAGACAGCGCUACUGGCAUAUAAAAGGGAGAAAACUUGUCAAACGAAUAAUUGAUAAUUGUUGGGAAUGUAAAAGACGCCGAGCAAGUUGCAGAACCCCACUGAUGUCGAAUCUGCCCAAAGUUCGUGUUACUGAAGCAAGACCGUUCGAAAAUGUCGGGCUGGAUUUCUUCGGCCCGAUCCAAACAAAGAGAGGCAGGGUCUUAGAGAAACGAUGGGGGUGUUUGUUUUGUUGUCUUUCAAUGAGAGCUGUACACAUUGAGAUGGCAUGGAUACUGAUUCCUUCAUAUGUGUACUUUUGUCUUUCAUUGCGAUACGAGGACCUGUAUCCCAAAUAUGGUCGGACAACGGAUCAAAUAUAG